AUGAUUCUGCUAUCGUGGAAUUGCCAAGGCCUUGGCAACCCUACGGCAGUUCGGGUACUGGCGGAUCUUAUCCGCACGAAGAGGCCGAGAGUUGUUUUCUUGAUUGAGACCUUUGUGGAUAGAAAUAGAAUGGAACAAGUGAGAGUGAAGACGGGUUAUGAUAAUGUGUUUACGGUAGAUGCUGUGGGGCAUAGGAGGGGUUUGGCUAUGCUAUGGUCGAACUCAAUCAACUUGCAGGUAACUGCUUAUUGUGAUAAUUUCAUUGAUACGACAUUGAGUCUAGAUGUGGGAGCCCCGGUGUGGCGUUUUACAGGCUAUUAUGGCUAUCCGGAUAAAGCGAGAAGAAGAGAAUCCUGGCAGAUGUUACGUAAUCUUGCGGCACAAUCCACCAUGCCAUGGGUGGUGAUGGGGGACUACAAUGACCUCAUGCACCAAACUGAGAAGCGUGGACGAGCACCUCAUCCACCUUGGUGCAUAAAUGGGUUCUGUGAUGCGGUAGCUGAUUGUGGGCUGCAAGAUUUACCCUUUACUGGGUAUCAGUACACUUGGGUGCGGUCUAGGGGAGCGGUUAACAUGGUCGAAGAGAAGCUGGACCGGAUUUUAGUAUCAGAGGAUUGGAACACUAUGUUCGAUGGGGCUGAAGCGUGUUCGCUAACAUGUACCUAUAGUGAUCACAUGCCACUGUUGUUGACCCCAGUGGCAACAGUGAAUACUAUGCGACAGAAGAGGUUCCUGUUUGAUAACAUGUGGUUAAGAGAGGACAGGUGUCGAGAAGUGGUAGCACAAAGCUGGGAACGAACUGUGGGCCGGGAUGUGCUGGUCCGAAUUGAAUGUUGUAGCCGUGAUGUUUGA